AUGUGGGGGCUGGACAUUGUCCGAAAACUCCCAACCGCCAAGGGUCAGUUCAAAUACAUAAUCGUGGUCAUCAAUUACGACAGCAAAUGGAUCGAGGUUGAGCCAUUAACAGCCAUCACAACCGCUAAGAUCCAGCACUUCCUAUGGAAGAAUAUCUACUGUCGUUAUGGGGUUCCCUACACAAUCAUUACCGAUAACGUAACGCAAUUCAACAACAAAGAACUCAUCAGCUUCACCGUCAACCUAGGCACCAAGAUGCGUUUCUCUUUAGUGGCACACCCCCAAACCAACGGCCAGGUUGAAGCCGCCAACAAAAUCAUCAAGAAGCUGCUCAAAAAGAAAUUGGAAGACAAAAAAAAGGCUUAUGGGCUGAGAAACUCCCGGAAGUUCUUUGGGCCAUCCGGACAACGCCAACAUCCGCCGACGAUGAAACUCCAUUCUGCAUGA